GCUCAGGGAGCGCGCAGAGCGGCAAUCGGCGGUGCUCUGUGUCCCUUGGACACAGCGGAUCACCGAUCAUAGAAAGAACCAAAGAUGUCGGCUCGGUCAUGUGAUCAGCUGUGUCCAAUCACAGCUGAUCACAUGGACAUGCACACUGAUCAUCAGGGCACUGAUGAUCAGUGUGCCCUGAUGAUCAGUGUGGCCCAGAAGUGCCACCUGUCAGAGUCCAUCAGUGCCAGCACGUGCCAGUGCCCAUCAGUGCCACAAUGCCACAUAUCAGUGCAUACCAGUGCACAUCAAUGCCACAAAUCAGUGCCCAUCUGAGCUGCCCUUCAGUGUCACCCAUCAGUGCCAGUCAGUGCCACUUAUCAGUGCCAGUCAGUGCCGCCUAUCAGUGCCAGUCAGUGCUGCCUAUCAUUGUCAGUCCAGUG